GAAUCAACUAAUCUGUACAGACACACACACACACACACACACACACACAAAAGUAUCAUGAAAUGAUCUAUCGUGAAACAUGGAGCAUCGGUUUGUGUGUUUUUUGGCGCUGGAUUUUAUGUCAUAAAUAUUUGGAGCUUAUAUUAUUUGAUGGAAGCAUCCAGCCCUGAAUAGACUGACUUCUAAACGUAUACCAACUAUAUCAAUGGCUGACGACGGACAUCCUCUGAAUAGCAGCCAAUCAGUGAGUGCUUUGGAUAAAACAGUGGUCAUUUGUACUGUUAAACCCACACACUUCCGCAAUGGCAGCACAGGAUCUUUACGCCACUCACGACAAAACUCCAGAGAUUGGGAAGUAAUAUCAGAUUCAGAAUGUUCUGCACCUUUCACAGGAAUAAGCAUUGUCAAUAACGCUGUUCCAGGCAUUUGUGAGGGAUUCCUCAUGAAAAAACGGAAGUAUCCUCUCCAGGGCUGGCAUAAGAGAUAUUUUGUAUUAGAUAAGGGGAUUCUCAAAUACUCAAAGACUCAGCAGGAUAUUGUCAGAGGCAAGAUUCAUGGCUCUCUAGAUGUUAGCCUUGCGGUCAUGUCUGUGAAUAAGAAAUCCAAGCGCAUCGAUCUUGAUGCAGGCAACAGCUUGUACCAUGUCAAGGCAAAGAGUAAUGAUAUCUUUCACAUCUGGCUGACCAAAUUGACUGCCCAUCGCCAUUUCAAGAAGAAUGAGGCUAUAAACCUGCACCACGGGGUCCUGCAAGCACUCUCGAUAGGAAACAGCAGCACUUUGCCUGCCAUGGCAAGUCUUGCACAGAGAAACAGGGUGAUGAUUCCACAUUAUCAGAGCUCAGCAUCUUUGUCAAGGUCAGAGACACAGGGUUCACCAUCAGCCUCUUCAUCUCGAGGGAAUAGUAAAGUUUCUGAUUGGCUGAAAAAGACACAGGAUGUUGACUUGUGUCAUCAAGGAUUCAGCCUCUCAUGCACAGAACUUGCCAGGUGUCAGCUGGAUUUGGCUGAGCUCUCAAGUUUAAUCCAAAAACUUAAUUGGCAUGAAGUUGGUCUACCCAUCUCAAGCACCGACCUGGAACGUCGCAUCAGCAUGCAGAAUCUUAGUCUUGAGAAACCCAAAAAGAAGUCUGGAAAGCUCUGGGGUCAUUCCCGAACACUAUCACGAGUCGAAUCGCUUGAUUUUCCAUCUCUGAUUUUGGAGCAGUUUUCUUCAAGCCAUUUGGGCACAUCAACUGGUUUGGCUGCUUCCCUUCAGUCCAUCCCAGAUUAUGUUUACACCCAGCUAUCCACACCUGAGGUCACCUCACUGGAAGGAAAGAAACUACAAAUGGACAUCUGUGCCUUGUGUGAAAGAGUACAUGCAUCUUUAAAGUCCAUUCAUGAAUCCUUGGCUCUGGAGCGUGAGCGUGUCAGACAGGCUUGGGCUGGACCAGACCUUCGGCAGUCAACCUCAGAUCAGUUGGCCACAUUGUGCACAACCCUUUCAGAGCUUGAGCUGCAGUCACGUUUAACCAGAGUUCACUCUGUGUCACUGUCAUCCGAUUCGUCAGAUGAGUCCUACUGUACUGUGCGUCAGGAUCAGCAGCCCACCCCCUCUCAGGACCGUAAGCUGUUUCGUACACCCUCAGUGACUGACUCUACAGCCGAGUAUUUUGAUGCCAGUGAGGUGGUUUGUGAGAAUUUGUCUGAAAAUGAAAUGUCUGACGAAUCUGGUUUGAGUGAUAUCACCACAAGCAACUCUGAACCAGAGGAAGGCCACACAGCUACAAAUAUGAAGUACAGAGCCAGUGUUUCCAGCACAAAAGAUUUGCCUUCUAAUGCUCUGAAUGUCACUGGACGGCGCACAGUGCUUCCUGCACACAGCACCAAUAACAGCCAUAUUGGAAUCCUUUCCAUCCUGUACAACAACAUCGGGAAGGAUUUGUCACGGGUCUCCAUGCCAGUGGCUCUCAAUGAACCGCUUAGUUUAUUACAGCGUGUCAGUGAAGAGCUGGAAUAUUCUGAACUCCUGGAUAUUGCCAACCACAUAGACGACCCUUACAAAAGAAUGGUUUAUGUGGCUGCUUUCUCUAUUUCGGGCUAUGCCUGGGCCAGCUGGCGUAAUCGGUACAAACCCUUUAACCCUGUUCUAGGGGAAACAUAUGAGAAUGUGCGUGAGGACCGCGGUUUCCGUUAUGUUGCAGAGCAGGUCAGUCAUCACCCACCUCUGUCUGCCAGCCAUGCAGAGUCUGAUAACUUCAGCUUUUGGCAAGACCAGAGAUGGAAGAAUAAGUUCUGGGGGAAGUCAGUGGAAAUAGUUUCAACCGGGAUGGUUAAUGUCACUCUACCAAACUACGGUGAUCAUUAUGAGUGGAAUAAAGUGGUCACUUGUAUCCACAAUGUAUUCAGUCAGGACAGAUGGCUUGAGCACUACGGUGAUGUUGUCAUUCGCAACCUCAACAGUGAUGAGUGCACCUGCAAGAUCACAUUUGUCAAGUCGCAUUAUUGGGGUGAAGAUAGCGGCAAGAAUGAAGUACAGGGCACUGUUGUUGACCGCGCUGGCAGAGUGCUGCACCGCUUCGGUGGAUCAUGGAAUGAAGGCAUAUUCUGUGAUACCUUUCCCAACCCACAAUGCAUCUGGAAGCCCAAUCCUCAGCCAGAUGAUUACUUUGACUACUUUGGUUUUUCCCAGUAUGCCAGAGAGCUCAAUGAACUUACCCCUGAUAUAAAGGAUAACUUGCCUCCAACAGACACUCGCUUCCGUCCAGACCAAAGACUACUUGAAGAGGGCAAAGUGGUGGAAGCUGAUAAAUGUAAGGAUGAAAUAGAAGAGAAACAACGUGACAGACGCAAGGCAAUGGCCAAAAGGGGUGAAAAGCAUGUUCCACGUUUCUUUAUAAAAACCCUAGAUCAUGCUGGAAGAGAGGUGUGGGUGACAAAUGGCACUUACUGGAAGAUUCGAGAAAAUCCAGGAUUUGCCAGCACUGAAAAUCUGGAUUUGUGGUGUUGAAGAUAUUGGUGAAGUCCUGCGAUUUUUGACAUCCCAGUAUUCUGUUAACAGAACUCAUGGAUUUUGGCAUAUCAUUGCAUUUAGUGUAUGUAUAUAAUUAUAUUUUAUGUAACACUUGUGAAUUUUAGUACAUGAUAAAGACUUUGUUCAAAGGCAGUGUAGGAAUGGAGUUUUGGUGCCUUUAAAUAUGAAUUGUGAUAUUCCUCAAGCCAUACAUCCCUCCUUUUUACUGAUGAUUUAAAAAUAGGUUUGUGUCAAUCAAAAAUAUUCUCCAUAUUAUGUGUAAGGAAUAUAUUUCUUAAAAAUAUAGUUCCUUCUUUCUUUCUUUCUUUCUUUUUUUUCUUUUUUUCUUUCUUUUUUAAAUAAGUCUGAAAAUAGUUUUUAUUGAAUAAUAUGUUCUAAUGUCAAGAAGUAUGAUAUACAUAAUAGUAGAAUUAAUUCCUCCCAGACAGUAAUAGACUUUGGGAUGUUACACUAAGGGACAUGUACUGAUUAAAUAUUAACAUAUUCAUCUUAGCUAACUAUAGUGAUUUAAUUGAGAAUGUUUUAAGUUUUCCAUUUCAAUAGACCUGUAUGUAUAAGUAAUGCUUGUCUAUACUGUUUGCUGUAAGUUAUGCUUUUUAAUGAAUAGAUUUAAUUAUGUCUGAUAGAAAAUGUUGCACAAUCAAAAAUACUUUUUGUUAGGUAAUUGCUCAAAAUGUAGUUAACAAUGAAACAAUGAAUGUUUCUUUUUGGAUUUAUCUACUGAAAAUUUUUGUGAAAAGUGUAAUUGGGUUAUGUGCAACUUCUUGUAUUAUUUCAUUUCCAGUUAGAUGAGACUUGAAUAAAUAUUACAUUUGAA